CCUGGCUUAUUUCCGGGAUAAGUUAAUCUGCGCUCCGGAAUGAUUAUUCAACAUUCUAAAAUCUUAUUUAAAAAUAUUUUUACUGAACCUAAGGAAUAACAAUAAAUGUAUGUUGAUAAUUUUCAAAUAACAUUUCUAUGUUUUUUAAUUACUAAUUCAGUCCCGAACCGAUUGUUACAUACAAAAUAAUACUUCAUUAUGAGGAAUGAUAGUGAUAGCGUCCAUGGAUACGAUAUAAAAUAUAAUAUUAUAUAUAGUAGUAGUAGAAAGAGAAUGAAAUGAAAUUAUGGCUGGUCAUGUUCUUUCUAGUAAAUUCUAUUCUCUUCCAGUAUCCAGUAGUAAAUCAUCAAUUAAAAAUUUGAUUUAAUACUUACCGUAUUUGAUUUCGAAUACGAUUUAUUUACUUGCUCGUACUGAAGCCUACUGAUUACUGUCUGUUGAUCUGAUGUCAUGUAAAUGUUAUUAAAUGUUAUAUUUAUAUUGAAUUGAUAUUAUAAUUUUUUUAUAAUUGAAGAAUGUGGAGUAGAGAUACAGUAGAUUCAAGUUUUAAAGCCUACAUUAUUAUUAUAAAAUAUUAGGCAUAUUAAUAUUUCAUUACAAUUAGUGUGAAUUACAUAAUCAUAAUUCUAAUACUAGUAAUAGUAAUGCAAAGGCAAGGUAGACUAAAGUGUCUAAAGUAAAGCUUGGGGGAGUUGAGUCAAGGCCACUGCCUAUGCAGCACUGUGCUAACCUAAACAACAUAAUUUUGCAUAAAUACUAUAAGACGAUAGAAAAAAAGUAUAGACUAUAGUCUGAGUCUGAGAGAUCAAUAGUAAUGAGUAGGCCUAUAGCUUAUAAUACUUAUAUGAAUAUUAAUUAGCCAAUUCAUAUCCUAAAUUUUAUUUUUUUGAAUGCUAGUGCUAGGCUAAAUCAUAGUCAUACCAUCAAAUUGAUUUAACCAUAAUAAUAACCAUUAUAACUGACUGUUAUUGUUGUCGUUACAGCCCUGUGAUGGACAAAAGCUCUAGUACCCCAUAAUUUUUUUCUUUUAAGUUUAAAACCCAACCCAAAUCAACAGCUGGGACCUAUUUUUUCCGCCUUUCUUUUUUUAGAUUUUUCAACACAGAAAAUGAGUUCCCCUUAUCACUCAUUAAAAAAGAACAAAGUUCCUUUAUUUCCUGGACAUAUGACAGGCAAUCGUCCAAUACCUUUUCGACACCCUGAAUAUUCAGAAGAUGAGAGUAAACUUCUUGAAGAAAUCACCUCCAGUAUGGUGCAAGACAAAAAGAAACAGUACCUACCUCACCUAAGUGUAUCCACCAGCCAGACACUUGUACGCCUGCCUGAGACAUCAAGAACUGAUAGUUCUCCAGAAAGAAGAGUAGAUUCCAAAGCUCCCCCAAAUGAUCAUGAACUAAUGAGAUUAAUGAUGAAUAAGAUAACCCUGCUUGAGCAAAAGGUCUGCACCCAAAUAAAAAGAUUUGUUUAAUAUGGGAAAAUAAGACUUAAUUUUAUGGGUACCUUCUUUCUAUAAAAUAAGUUAUAUAAAUAAAACAUUGCACACAUAGGAUGUGAUUCAUAAAAAGGGUAAAAUUAAAGUGAAUCGUUAUGUUUAAAAAAGACAACUUAAUAUAAAAAAUGUUUCAAAGAGGUAUUUUUUGGAAGACUAAUGUAUUUAAAGGUUUAAAAAAUUCACAAAAAAACUUAUGCAGCAUACCAUGAUAGUACCAGAAAAAUGUGUGCUGUAAAUCACUUGAUCAGAUGAGUGGUUUUGUUUCCUAUCUGUAAUUGAAGACACAUCAUAAAAUGUAAAUAAUGAAAUUAAAAGUUAAUAGAUUAAAGUAUGGUUACAUUAUUUAUUAACUCCUUUAAAUUUAACUCUGUGACAUCAUUAAAGGUUCAGAGUCAGGAAAAGGAUAUCAAAAAUAAAGACAGGCAGAUUAAAAUACUCGAAGAUAAACUGCGCAUUACAGAGAAAGCCAGGAAAGAGAGCACAAGCACAAGUGAGGUCAAAGACCUUGAGACACAUUGCUUGCUGUUACAACAGCAGGUAAGUUUCAAUGCUUUUCAUUUACCUACAGAAAAAAAAUUGAAAUAAUUGAUAAACAAAGCUUAUGAAGGAUCGACAAAAAACGGGGUAAAAAGAAAAUUUAAAAAAAUAAUAAAUCCAUUUUUUCUUAUUUAUAAAUUUGAUAAGCACUGACUGUUAUCAUCAUGAUGUCAGCUUGGCAUACAGUAGUUUAGUGUUUUAAAACACAAAUCCCAGGCUAGCAUUUAUACAGCACACUGAAUAGCACCACAUAUAGUGCAGGCUUUUUUAAUUUAUAAAUUAUAUAUACCCCGGUAACUUAUAUUAUGAGCUUAUAUUAAACAAUAAAAAUAGUAAAAGGAAAAUGUAGGCAAUUAAUAGCUUUUGCUUAAAAGAAUCUUUCUAAAUGUAAAUAUUUUCUUAUGCUCCACAUCUAUAUUUUUAUCACAAUGACCAAACUUAAUUCAAGGAAUGAUUAUUAUUCCCCUGCCAUAUUUGGUCACCAUAUUUUCAAUUUCAGGUUCAUGAAAUGGAGACCUUCUUAGCUGAGUAUGGAAUGGUAUGGGUUGGCGAAUCAAGCGAUGCUAACUCUAAUGUCUAUCUGCCAGACAGCAUUGAUGAUGAUGAUGAUGAAAACAACAACGUCACAGAAGUGUCAAUACGCAGUGAUUCGCCAGAUAAUUCAAUCGCCUCCUCUAACCCAUUCGGCAUUUGGCGGCAGGAUGUGUCCCUCCCGGUGGCCCCCACCCCAUUGAAUAUAGACUUCAAUUUGUUAAUAGAAAAUAUAAAGGACCUAAAUGUCUUGGCAGGGGAGGGUGUGGCGCAGAUUAAAAAAACAGCAGACGGGGCAAGAUUUGAGGUGCCUGAAUCAGUGCAGCUAACACUCUAUGCCAAUGGCAUCAUGAUGUUUGAUGGCCCUUUCAGACCCUACACUGACCCCAAGACUCGCCAGUGUGUAAAAGAUUUGCUAGAUGGCUACUUCCCCACAGAACUGCAGAAAAGGUUCAGUUAUGAUAUGAAUAAAUCUUCCACUUCAAUGUAUAUUUCAAUUUCAUCCCUAAUAUAAUACUCUAAUGAUGAUAAUUUAAUGCAAAUGUUAAUCUUUUCUAGUAUAGAUAUUUACGCAAACUCAUUUAUAUAUUUGAAAGUUUUUUAACACAUUUAAAACCUGCCAACAUCAUCCAUACAGCCUGAUAUGUCAAUGAAUAGUUGAUGUUUUUACCCAAACCCCAGUGUAACACUGGUGUUUUACUCAGGAACAAUAUAACAUUUUGAAUCCUGAGAAAAUAUUUAGUACCAUAGUUAUAAUUUUAUAAUGUUAAAAGCUGUUAACAUGUUAAUGUUUCUAAGACAUAGUAGUCCUACUUAUAAGUCACUUAAAAAAUGCAUAUUUAGUUUCUACAUAACUAUUUUUUUAUAUAGAGUAGAUAUUGUGUCUUUAAGAUCCAUUUUAAGAAAUCCUCUCUUAAAACAUCGUGGCAUACAGUCAGCUUAUGCUGGGGUGGGAUACCUUUGUAAACUGUUGAGCAUUGAAACUCUUAAUGUUAAUGUAAAAUUUCAAAUAUUGAGGAAUACACUUUGUAAAAAAAAUUCAUUGCACCAUACUGUGUACCAGUACCCGUUACUAGCAAAUAAUUAAUUUUAGUCUUAAAACAAUUUCAGAUAUCCUGAUGGUGUCCCUUUCAUGGUCAAUGACCUCAGAGGAACAAACUUUCAGCCGAAGCAAAGCCAGUCCAUUUUUGCGGGCAUGGGACAAACACUUGGUGGUGACAUCAAACCAUCACGUCUUGUCCGUACAAAUUUAAGGGACUCCACCAAAAUGAUUCAAAUGCCAAGCCCAAGGACACCUGUGCCAUCUUCCUCCACUAGUGGUAUGUCUGUAUUGUUAGUGCUGGCAUGCCUUACAUCAAAACCAUAAUGUACUGUAAUCUCUUAUAUAGUAUCAUAUAAUAGAUAAUUCACUUCUAAAUGUAAUGGUAUAUGUUAUUACUGCUGGGUUCUUUACUUAACUAUCAACAAGCAGGCAGAUUGUAAAGUUACUGUACCUAAAGAGGGAAGACGAAAAAAUUGCUGGAAACCAAAAAUACUUGCAGUUUUGUUUCAUUAAAAAGUGUAGACUUGUUUUUAUACAUGUCCUCUUUUACAACUUUUAGGGCUUAUACUUUUACUAAGAUGUCGAAAAAAAAAUGGGUACCUCCCUGCCUUAAGAUUAGUCCCACUUCUUUCAAAUUACUUUAUACCUUUGGAAUAUUAUCCUUGUACACUUUUAAAAAAUUCAAGAUAUUAUUGAGAAAAGGGGAAAAUACAGAAUGUUUUAGAGCUCAUGAUUUUGAUAAUUCACAACAACAACAAAAACUUGCUUUAUUACUUUAUUCACUAAAUUUUUUCCACCAUCAGAUCAACUCAAAGAAUCUCUUCCAACUACUUCAAAGUUGCCAGGAAAAAUAAUGCCACAGGACCAGUUCUUAAAUAAGUUACCCAAAUCAGUCAUCAAGGAUGGGAAAGUGAUUGACAUUCGAGAAUCAAUAGGAAAAACGCUGACAGGAAAUGACUCUGGUAAAUCCUCAUCUCCAACAUCAACGAUCACAGUCAUUAAAACCAGUGCUACCAAGGAGGCCUCAGAGAGUUUCUCAAACAACUCUUCAGAAAGGCCAAGGUCGGUGAAAAGUCAAGGGGACAUAACAACAUUAAGAGUAGUGACAGAAAAUGGAGACCACACGUACAUCAUCAAGAUGAAAUUCAAAGAAACUGUUGGGGAUCUCAGGAGGUAUUUGGAUGGCCAGCGUCGACCAAAGUUGCCCUACGAUAUUGUGUCUACUUUCCCCAAUAAGGUUCACAAGAACAACACGCUUACUUUGGAGGCCAGUGGUCUCACACCUAAUGCAGUUUUACACUUAAAACCACACAAAGAUUGAGAUUGCAUUGUUUUAUUAUAAAAUUUAUUACACUAGCUAGUAAUUUUCACUGACUAAAAUUGUAAAGAAAAAAUAUUUGUGAUAUUGCAUGAAUAAUGUUUAUCUCUUGAGGGGAGGGGGGGAGCCUGUAGUAGGAAGAAAUUUAAAAAUGAAAUUAAAAUGGGUGUAAAUAGUGUACAGUAAUUAAGUUAAAUUAUUAAUCUUUAUAACCAAUAUCUGGCACUGCACUGGUUUACAUAAAUUAAAGCCAUUUGGCAAAUAAUAUAUACACUAGUAUAAAUACCGGUAGCGGUACUAGUACUAAUUCAGUUUUAUUAGACCUUAAUCUUGUCCUGUACUUGCUGUCAUACAAUUUGUAAAAAAAAUUGAAAUACCUAAUAAAGAAUAAUUGUCUCUCCAAAUUAUUUUCAAGAAGCAAUAACUUUGAAAUUAUAGUUAAUAGUUAAGAUAUUUUUCAUCAGAUACAUAAAACUAGUUAAUAAUGGCACCUUUGGAAACAUUUAUCAAAGAGUUUGAAGGUCUUGAAGAAAUUAUAGAGUGCAGAAUGAUCUAUGGGAUAUGUAGCAUUUUUGGUGGGGCUUAAUGACCUUUGAUACUUGUGAAAGUCCUGGCAGAGUUGGGCAUUUUUUUUUUAGUUUUCCUUUUUUUUUUUUUUGCCAAGGGUACACCAAUUGUCCACCUUGCAGGUUCCCAACCCAUGGGCAGUGAACCCCCUUUGGGCCAUGCAUGGUUUUAUGUGGAGGCUGCUUGCUGAUUUGGGCAUUUUUUUUUUAGUUUUCCUUUUUUUUUUUGCCAAGGGUACACCAAUUGUCCACCUUGCAGGUUCCCAACCCAUGGGCAGUGAACCCCAUUUGGGCCAUGAAUGGUUUUAUGUGGAGGCUGCUUGCUGAAACAGUAGGGUAAAAAAAAUAUAUUAAAAGCAGUAUUGGUAUUCAUUUUUAGUCUGAGUCUUCAAGUUUGAAUAAUGUACCCAUUAGCUGCAAGAGUGGAUAUUCAACAUCUCUUUAUUUGAAAAACCAAACAAGAAGGAAGUUAAAUGUUGAGAAUGGCAUGUCAGCAUUGACUGAAAUUCAACAGAAAAAUUUGUAGAUGCUUGUUAAUAAGUUACAAUUUUGAUCAUCCCUUUAAAUAUACCAGUGUGUCCGAAGUUAAAAUUAUACAGAGUUACUAUAUUCCGGUACAUAAAAAUAUAUUUUGUUGUUUUCUUUAUUCCUAUCAAAAAGCCUAAUUUUAAAAUGUAUCAGUAGUAUCCGGGUCCCUCCUCACUUUGCUUCUAUUUCUAUUCUAACAAAAAAAAAAUGGGUUCGCGACUCAAAAAACUUUGGGCAACUUGUGUUAUAGUAGUAGUUAUCCUUAAAAAACUGUUUGUUAUAAAGUCAGAAAUCAAAUUUUGUCGAUCCAUUAAGUCAUGAAGCCUGGAAAAUGGUAGGAAGCACAAUAAAUUAAAUAAAUAUCCUCUGUCAUUGUUUUGUAAAAAUGUCUACAAAACUUCCAUGCUUGUUUAAAAAGACACUCUAGGUUUAAGUUUAAAAACCUUGUAAUGCUCCAAUAAAUUGAUAGCCACAUGGCAUCUUGCAAUCGGGCAAGUCCAAUGUGAGGAACACAUUUUUUACUGUAUAAUUUGAUUUUCAUUUCUGCUAAGAAGAUAUUUUGCAAGCUGCAUCUAUACCUUCAAAGAACCGUCUCAAGAGCCGGGUUUUGCAGACCACUGACUCGAUCGAUGUUUGCUUACCAAUGGCCCAAAUGCCCAGCAACAUAUAAGCCAGAACAGCUCUAUAGUCUUGUAUAGCCUUAUAUGUUAUUUAAUUUUACUGCUGAGAUUUUUUACUUUAAAUGAACCAACUGCUGAACAUGUUUAUUGACUUGUGAUAAGAAUACUUUUAUUCUUUUCUACCGAGUAUUAUUAUACCAUUACUUUUUUUUUUUUAAAAUUUACAGACUAUUGUAAUUAUAUUAUGUUAAAUUUAAACAUUUUGCAUGGGAUGCUGUGAUUCAACCUCUAAGGUAUUUCAAAUAAUAAAAAACAAGUUAACCCUAUCAUUGACCUGAUAAAUUUAGUGCUGUAUUAUUGUAUUGCACGUGAGGAUUAUUUCUGAUUAACAAAGAAAACAGCAAUACUAAAUGCUCUUUUAGAAAGAUAUGAACAGUUAUCAGAAAUUAAUAUGGAUGACAUCCUAAUUCAUUUACCAGUAUGUAAAAUACUACAACUGUAUUUC